ACUUCCCUUUAUUCAUAUUUACCAUUUGUUCGUAAUCCGUUUUUGUUUACAGUUGAUGCUUGAUAUUACAGAAAUAACGUUGUUAUAAGUGGCAAAGAUGGUCCAUGAAAUAGAGAACUUCUAUGGUGUAUACCUAUUGUACAACGUCAACCCAAAAUUCAAAGGACGGACUUACAUAGGCUACACAGUGGAUCCUAACCGCAGAAUAAAGCAGCAUAACCUUGGGGUCCAGGCAGGUGGUGCCUACAGGACAAAUGGGAAGGGCCCAUGGGAGAUGGUGCUGAUCAUUCAUGGUUUCCCUAAUGACAUCUCAGGACUGAGGUUUGAGUGGGCGUGGCAACAUCCAGAUAAAUCUCGAAGACUGAAACACCUUCCUAAGAAGUCAAAGAAAGAAAAUCAGUUUGAAUUCAAAUUUAGAAUUGUGUCUGAGAUGUUACGGACUGCUCCGUGGAACAGACUUUCCCUGACAGUCAGAUGGUUGAAGCAGGAGUUCACACGGGAGUUUGACCCCAAGUUGACCCCACCUCUACAUAUGGCUGUAGCUUAUGGCCCUGUCAAAAGCAAGAAAGUGAAGAAUGCUAAGGCACCAAAAACCAAGGGAGGUAACACAGACUCUAGUGAAGACAUGGAUCCUGAACUGAUGACUCCCCCUGUCAGUAAACAUAUAAGAUGUGCUGUGUGUAUAAAACGCAUGCAGAGUGAAUCAAAUUCUGUUAGCUGUUACCACCCAAAAUGCUGUAUGGUCUCGCACAUUGCCUGUCUGGCCAAGUCAUUCCUGUCCCAGAAACAAGAGGAGAUAACUCAUAUCUUGCCAGUAGAGGGCGUCUGUCCUCGCUGCUCCCAGCAGUUACUAUGGGGAGACAUCAUUAGACAUAAACAUGGAUGUUACCAAACAUUAACAGAGGCUACAGAAGCAGACGACAGUGAAGAUGAUCAUUGGGCCAAUGAACUGCAAACCCAGGUCACGUGACAGCUACCAUAGUAAUAUACUACCAGAGUGAUAUACUGCCAGAGUGAUAUACUGCCAGAGUGAUAUUAUAUGCUUUUGACAGUACAGUUGGUACAGAGUAUACCUGGAUUAUUUAACGUCAUACCAAGGAAUGGACUUAUUUGUGCAUGUCUUAGUUUGAUUGAAGUUGCCACCCUUUACUCAUAUUGGUGACUUCUCUGGUAGAAUAUAUUUUGGAGGAUAGAUAAAGAUACUGAUCCCACACAAUUCCAUGAGCUUUUCCAUGUUUUUCUGUAUGCCAGGAAUAAAGUAUCCAUAUAGCACAGUUUACAAUUUUGAUUGGAGAAACAGAGCUAUGACUGUCUGACUUCUUUGUUCAUACAUAUUUCACUGUACAAUAAAUAAGCUUUUACGUUGAUGUCCUUGUAAUAACUGGUUGCAGGUCAUACUGUCUCGAGUGCUGCAAAUCAUUCCAAUGUUCAUAGUCACAUUUUUAUGCACACAGCACAUCAGUACAAUGUUUUUUAUUCAACAGUGUAACAAAUUCAUCAGAUCCAACAACAUUAUAAUGGCAGAUUGAUUCUCAAAUAUUGAUCACAGUGUUGAUGAAAAAGCAAUAUAAGUGACACUUGUAAGUAGUAGAAAAUCUGAAAACUGAAAUAAAACAAGAUAAAAAUGUAGAGAAGCUGGAUGAUAAAAAUGUCAGUAAAUGGCUGGCAUAUGUGCCUUCUAGCCAUAGUCGCAUAGCUGGUAUUAUUAUGUCCCAUGGGCCAAAGCACUAGGUGUGCCAUUAUUGCAAGAAGGCGCAAGCAUUAAAAUUAAAAUGAUUAAUGUAUGUUAAUAAAAAAUGUCAGCCACAUGUCUAUAAUUACAAGAUUUUUACAUGCCAGUAUACUAUAUAGACAAUGUUUUAGAAAUAAAUUUUGUAAAGAAGU